CCUCUUCUUCUGUAUAGGGGAUCUCUGCUGUUACUGAAACCUCAUUUUGUUGCAGUGGAUUUUUUUUUGAAGCCGACAAACCAUGAGAUUCAUAUUUGUUACUGUAGCCUUUGUUUUGCAGACAGCUUUCUCCCUUCCAGCUCCAUGGCAGGUGCCCACUUCAGAUUGCAUGAAGUUCCCUAGCCCAACCAAUGGACUUGCAUAUUGCCGUACUGACUAUUGUGUUGUUCGUUGCAAUGACGGCUUUCAGUUUGAAAAACUACCUGCAGAUGGAUAUUUCUGUCACCCCCACGGUGUCUGGUCUUCUGUUCCCCCUGGAAAAAGUGUCCCUUGGCCCAAUUGCACGCAGAAAGAUGAUGGCAAACAAAUGUCUGACGUCUACACUGCUCAUGCUGUUGGACCUGGGACUGGUAAAGUGAAACUCAAGCAGUCAAGGCAACCCAAACUGCCAGAUACUGUCCCUCCUUCUAUUAUAAACUGUCCUCAGGAUAUCAGCAAAAUAAGUGACACAGAUCCUGUCCAGGCCACCUGGGAAGAGCCAGAUAUUAGUGACAACAGUGGCGUGUUUAUUUCCAUUGCUUCUAUAUCUAGCGGCUCUCUUUUCCGCUAUGGGACUCAUAAUGUCCAGUAUACAGCAAAUGAUGAGGCAGGAAAUGAAGCAUCCUGCCAGUUUAAAGUUAUCAUUCAAAAACCAGCUCCUUUGUGUACAGUUGCACCACCAUCAGAUGGGGCCUUGGCAUGUGGUACGUUGCAUUACCCAGAUAAUGGAAACAAAGACAAGACUUGGCAAUUUUGUAUACCACUUUGCAUAAAGGGCACUGAUUUCCAAAGAAGACCAGGGCUGGUAUCGUUUUGCAAGUCCUCUCAAUCCACAAGCAGUUGGUUUCAUCUUGAUCAGUCCUGGCAAACAAUAAAUUCUCAAAUGCCACAAAGCUGCAUUGUCAGACGGCGCACAGGAUCCAGGCGAGGUGACGACCUUCAGUUCUACGAAGGGGACUGCAAUGAGAUGCCUGUGCACAGGCAAAUCUUGUUCCGAGUGGGGAAGAUGUUAGCAAAAGAUCCAUUUGUUCUUUCCCAGUGUGCACUAAAGCCGGAGAUGUGUGGGAAGUAUAGAGUAUCAGAUUCCACUGUCCACUGUGGGCCAGGAGACAACCAAAAAGACACAGAACCUCCAGUAGUCAUAUCCUGCCCUCAGAACAUAGAACUUGAAACCCAGAGAGGAAACCCAUACUGGAACAACCUACCCGAGGUGUCCUGGAAAGAGCCUGUCUUUGAAGAUAAUUCCAGGGAACCACUUAAGAUCACAAAGGAGGGUUCUUCUGUGAACAGUGGAGAUAAACUGGCAUAUGGUCAGUACUCAGUGGUGUACACUGCCACGGAUUCUUCAGGAAACACAGCAAAAUGCUCCUUCCAAAUCACAGUAAAACCAAUGGCUUGUACAAUGGAACUGCCAGAGUAUGGAGCAAUUGUGUGUGGCUACCCGACUGUAGAAGGAAUGGAUCUUCUAACUAUUGACUGUAUUGUGCUGUGCAGAAGUAAACACCAGUUUAACAGGAACCCUUAUCCAAUCUAUGCUUGUUCAGAGGAGGGGUUGUGGUGGACAUUAACUAGUACCUUUGAUCCAAUUGGCCCGCAUUUAACAAGCUUGAACUACACUUGCAGAGAGUCAGAUGUACAUACAAAACCAAAACCUGCUGAUGAGAAUUUUUACUUUGAUGGGGAUUGUCAUGACAGAGAAGUCCAAGAAGUUCUCAUGGGCCAUCUAGAGUAUUUUCAAAGAAGGACCUCUGCAUAUCAAUACUGUCAACUCAACCGAGACAGUUGUAGAAAAUGGAAGGGCUACCGCAAUGUGACAGUGUUUUGUGGAGGUCAUUAAAACUGCUGUAAAUCACUGCACUGCACGUUAGUUCGCAGCACAGAAUAUCCAAAAUCCUUGGUUUCCUACAAAAAAAAAGUGUGUGCUUACUGCUCAACGCAUAUAUGACUUA